AUGUCUGAAGAAUCAGGAGCAAAGUUCACCCUGCAGACCGCAUCGUUUGAUGCUCGGUUCCCCAACCAGAACCAAACCAAGCACUGCUGGCAAAACUACGUCGACUACUACAAGUGCAUCAACGCCAAGGGCGAGGAGUUCACCCCCUGCAAGCAGUUCUUCAGAACGUACCACUCGUUGUGCCCGAACGAAUGGAUCGCAAAAUGGGACGAACAGCGCGAGAACGGCACCUUCCCAGCUUCGCUUGACCCGUAA